AACAGACUGCACCUGAGGUACAGCUUGAGCUCAUUUAUAUCCACAACCAAUCAUCGGCAGGAAAUCAGCAUGGACUUUCUUAUAGCGGUUGGUUCAACAAUUUGCGAGUAUACAGUUGAUGCAGUUGCCGGUCAAUUGGGCCAUAUCUAUCACUACAAAAGAAAUGUGGACAACCUCAAGUCUCAAAUUCAGCGUUUGGAAGGUGAAAAAGCCAGGAUGCAGCACUCUAUUGAGGAGGCUGGACGAAAUGGCGAGGAAAUCGAAGGUGCUGUGGAGGAGUGGAUGAAUGAAGUAACUUGGACCAUUGAAAAGGCUCAUGAUGAAUUUUUUAGAGAUGAAGAUUAUGCAAUGCCUCUGUGUUCAAGCAAGAUGUUUCCGAAUUUGGUAUCACGAAGGCGGCUCAGCAUGAUAGCAAACUCCUUGGCAGAAACUGCUGGUGAUGAAAUGCAACGAGCAAACACAUUAAUACAAAAGGUUUCUUACCGCGUCCCACUACAGUCGGCUGCCAUUGAAAUGACCAAAGGAAGCUACAUGAUUUUCCAAUCAAGAACCCCCAUCUUCAACGGAAUUAUGGAGGCAUUAAGGAAUCCUGAUGUCAAGAUGAUUGGAGUUUAUGGUAUGGGCGGCAUUGGCAAAACCAUGCUUGCCAAAGAAGUUGCCAGAAAAGCUGUUGAGGAUGACGAGUUCAAAAAGACAGUUUUUGUCACCGUAUCUCAUACUCCGGACCUCCACAAGAUCCAAAAAGAAAUUGCAAAUCAGCUAGGUCUAAAGUUUGGUGAAACUGUGGAUGACAAAUAUGUAAGAGCAAAACGACUAAGUCAGCAACUGGGGCGAGAAAAGAAGAUGUUACUUGUCAUAGAUGACAUCUGGGAGAAAUUGGACUUGUAUGGAGCUGGGAUAACUUUUCGAAAUGGUGAGAAUGAUUGUAAGAUUCUUCUCACCUCUAGAUUUCGAAAUGUGGUAUGUGAUGCUAUGGAUGCCCACCCGAAUUUCUGCGUUGAAGAUUUAUGCUUUGAUGAAGCAAAAGAUUUGUUUGACAAAAUAGUGGGUGAUCAAUCAAUUAAAAACCCAGCAAUUCAAGCUUUGGAAAUUAAGAUUGUCAAAGAAUGUGCGGGCUUACCAAUUGCGCUCGAGACAGUUGCAAAUGCAUUGAAAAAGAAAGACUAUCCUAUCUGGAGUAAUGCCUUGCAAGAGCUGAGAAGAUCUGCCCCAACCAACAUCGAAGGCAUGAAAAAAAAUGUGUAUUGCAGCAUGAAGUUGAGUUAUGACUUUUUAGGAAGUGAGGAAGCAAAGUCAUUACUCUUGAUUUGUAGUUUACUUCCUGAAGAUAAAGAGAUUGAAACCGAGAUAUUGUUGAAGUAUGUUAUGGGGCUGCCGGAACUAUUUCAAGGCAUCACAAACUUAGAAGAGGCAAGAAAUAGAGUGCUCACACUGGUUGAUAUUCUAAAGGCUUCUUCUUUAUUGUUGAAUGUUGAUUCCCGCAUGGACACAACAAAAAUGCAUGACGUAGUUCGUGAUGUUGUCAUCUUCAUUGGAUCUGAAAAACACAAUAUGUUUCGUCUUAGAAAGGCUGUUGAGCUGGAAGACAAUAAAAAACUCAAAGUUGCAACUGCAAUUUCACUUCCAAAUUUUGAGGAUGACGCUCAUCAACUUCCGAAAAAAUUGGAGUUUCCACAACUUAUGUUUUUUCAUAUCUGCAAUCCAUCUCUCCAGAAGGCUCCAAACUUCCAAAUCCCAAACUAUUUUUUUGAAGCAACGAAGGAGCUUCAAGUUUUAAAUUUGACUUCUGUAUGUCUAAAACCGCUACCUUCAUCUUUUGAAUUCCUUGAAAAUCUUCAUACUCUGUUUUUGAAUUGGUGUGAGAUAGAAGAUGUGGCUUUAAUUGGAGAGUUAAGGAAUCUGAAAAUUCUUGACCUUGCAUAUUCCAAAAUUGGGAAUUUGCCAGGACAAAUAGGACAAUUGACUCGUCUACGAUUAUUAGAUUUGAGCUAUUGUUCCAAACUUGAAGUGAUUGAAUGCAAUGUCAUAUCAAACUUAGUACAUCUAGAAGAGCUGUAUAUGUUUGGGAGCUUUACAAGAUGGGACAUUGAAGAAGGCAAUUCUGGAAGAAGAAAUGCUUGUCUUAUGGAGUUAAAGGAUUUAUCUAGACUGACCACUUUACAUUUACACAUACCGGAUGUCAAUGUUAUGCCAAAAGAGUCGUUUACUAUGAACCUGGAGAGAUACGACAUAUUAAUAGGAGAAGGACCAACAUACUUGGACGAUUCCUUUGCUCACACAAAGCAAGCUUCAAGAAAACUGGAACUAACUGAGCUCAAUAUAAGCAGAGUUCCAGAACGUCGUGGUCUUGAAGCCUUACUGAAAAGGUCAGUAGUUUUGAAUCUUUAUGGAUCAACUGGUGUGAACAAUGUUAUUCAUGAGUUAAACGGAGAUUGUUUUCCAGAGUUGAUGCAUCUUAGUAUUGUGAACAAUGAUGAAAUGCAAUACAUCAUUAAUUCCAUGGAUCAAAGAUAUCAUUCUCAGAAUGCUUUCUUUCCAAGUUUGGAGACAUUGCAGCUUGAAAAUGUAAAGAAAUUAGAAAAGAUAUGGCAUGGUGAACUCUUAACAAAUUCUUUUGUUCGAUUAAGAGUUGUAAAAGUGAAAGAUUGUGAAAGAUUGAAGAAUCUCUUGUCAUCCUCCAGUGUCAGAGGGAUUGAGGAAAUCGAAGUUAUUAAUUGUAAGAUGAUGAGUGAAAUAGUUACUUAUGGAAGGGAAGAUGUUCAUCCCCACAUAAUCUUGGCGAAGAUUGAGUUUCCUCAUUUACGUUCCUUGAUAUUAAAAUCUUCUCCGAAUCUUGCUCAUUUCCCUUUUUCCAAAUUAGAAGCUACUUUCAGUGGUCACAGGAAAGAGGAGGAGCCGUUGUUAGAUGUGAAUAGCCCCCUGCCUUUUUUUUAUCCAAUGGUUGCAUUGCCUAGCUUGAAGGAUUUGAAGUUGUCCAACCUGAACUCUGAAAAGUUAUUGCCAGACCAUCCUCCAGAAAACUUUAACAUGCAGAAUCUAACAAACUUGAAGAUUCAUGGUUGCAAUAGUUUAAAGUAUCUCUUGUCUUUUUCUAUGGCCACAAACAUUGUACAGAUCGAGCACCUAGAGGUACGUGAAUGCAGUGUUAUGGAAGAUGUACUAGCCAUAAAUGACAAAGAAAGGAUGGUGAAAAAGGAACUGCUUCCCAAUCUUAAGUCCUUAGUGCUUGACAAUCUCCCAAACUUGGGAAGAUUUUGCUCCAAAAGAAGUUGGGGAGAGUUUUCAUCCUUGGCUAGACUGAGGAUAAAUAAUUGUCCAAAACUGGAAAUUGAAGAUUCUAUUUGGAAGCUGCCUCAGUUGCAAAGAUUGAUAUUGAAGCGGAUUAAUGUUGCCCAGAAAGCAAUGUGGAACUGUCAAUAUGAAAUUGAUCAUGAAGGUCUAAAUGAGGAUGAUCAAGAACAUGCCGGAAUAUUUCCCUGUUUGAAAUUUCUAAUUCUAGUUGAGCUGACUGACCGUUUGAUGGAUACAAGGGAGAAGAAUUACCAUUCUGCAGGAAGAGCCUUCCAGAAUUUGAAAUAUUUAUUUGUAUUCCAAGGCCAAACGUUAAAGAAUCUUGUCCCAGCCUUCCAAGCUUUGAGGUUUCUGGUAGUGUCAAAAUGCCAUGGAAUGGAAUAUUUGUUAACACCAUCAACAGCUAAAAGUCUGACUCAACUGAGAACGAUGGUGAUAGAAAAAUGCGAAAGGAUGAUUCAAAUAAUAGCAGAUUAUAAUAGAAGUCAAACAGAGGAGGGUACUGAAAUUGUUUUUGAUCGGCUGGAAGAGUUGGCACUUGUUAAUCUACAAAACCUCAGGAAUUUCUAUUCAGGGAAUUGUGUAAUGAGAUUUCCAAAUUUGAAACGGUUAAUUUUCGAAUAUUGCCCUCAGAUUGUGAGUUUUUGUGAAGGAAAUAUUAGCACCCCAAAACUGAAGAAAUUGAUACUAUAUAUAGACGCAGAUGGAGAUGGAGAUAUAGUUUAUGAUAACGUUAUGGAGUUUGACUUUGAUAAAGAUGGAGUACUGCUUUUUGACGAUUGCGAAUUCAGUUCUUUCCCAAUGCAACAGUUAGAAGAGGGUGACAUUAAUGCUGCCACAAGAAAGCUAUGGCUGAACAACCAAGGUUGAAUCUCAUCAGUACUACCGUCCAAACUAUUAGCAGAAAAUCAAAGGUAGGAUAUUCCUCGACUGCUGAAUCCGGAAUCAUUCAAGACUUGGAUCUUAAUUUCUGUUGCGGCCGUAAGUAUCAAACUAGUGGCUAGCCUUUUCUUUAUUUCUUUAUUUAUUUAUUUUUGGUGAAGAAACUAAUGUUUAGCUUUUAUUAUCAGGAAAAUUAAUCUGGUUGACCAUUCUGAAUAUCGAUAGCUAGGAGGUCUGGUAGAUGGACUAGUAAAGGAUAAGAGAUAACAAGGUCAUAGAAGUUCUAAGUUUUUUGCAUUACCCAUUUCUAACUCUAAUGCAAAAGUUUGUUUUGAAAUAAAAACCACCAUGUGGGUUAUUUUCCUGUUAGAUAUUUUGAGACAGAAAAAUGUGGUUCUCUGAAACAUUACCUAUAGUUGUAAUCCAUUUAAUGUGAGGUCGUUCAAUUUAUUUCCAUAUUUCAUUUGUAAAAAUUUAAACUGGAGGUCAUGGGUUAUUGAUGAACUUUUUAGUACA